AUGCAGAUGGACAAGGCGUCCAUCAUCGCCGACGCGGUGGUGUACGUGAAGAACCUCCAGGCACACGCCAGGAAGCUCAAGGAGGAGGUCGCGGCGCUGGACGCCCGUCCGAUGUCGCCGCCUAGCCGACAGGAGCAGCCGCAGCCGCAGCACGGCCGCCGCGCGGGGGCGGCGGGCCGACGCCAGCAGCAGCUGGAGCGCCGCGACGCGGGCUCCGGCGCCCGGGUGACACACGUGGGCGCGGCGCAGGUCGGCGAGGGCAGGUUCUUCGUGACGGUGGAGUGCGAGCGGCGGGACGGAGUGGCGGCGCUGCUGUGCGCGGCCGCCGAGUCGCUGGCGUGCUUCCGGGUCGAGAGCUCCAGCAUCGGCCGGUCGGGCCCGGACCGCGUCGUGUCAACGCUCACGCUCAAGGUGAUGAGUCAACAAGUAGGAGAUGCAGCCACCGGCGAGGCCUCCGUGAAGCUUUGGAUGAUGGCGGCUCUUCUCAAGGAAGGCUUCCGACCCGAAGCGACGGCCCAGAUCUCAUGA